AAGUUUGAUAAUUGUAUGUUUGUGUAUUUAAGCUGAACGAAUUUAAGUUUAUUAAUUUUAUCUGUUAGACGUAGAUAAAAAUUUGAUCAUGCAGUCAAGUUUAAUUUUUCAAAAAAUUACAAGACGUUUUCUGCAUAAAUUUUGUGAAUAUAAAGCAACUAAUAGCAAAUAUAUGACUUCUGCUAUUUUGUCACGUUCAGGUUAUACAAGCUCAGCUCAGAAUGUUCGGUAUUUGUUACCAGUUGCUCCUGAAAGUUUAAUACCAAAGCGUUCAAUAAAGAUUUGGCCUCAGUUGUUUUCAGAAAGUGCUGAAGGUGUUGAGGAAGAGAAUGAUCAAGAAAAGAAGCCCGCAGUCGAUCCAUCGAAAGACAGAACUAAAAUUAUUUCUCCUGAAACUAGUAUUCGUUAUAUGAAAAGUAAAGCAUAUAAAACUACUUACGGGGAUGAACCUGUAUGGGUAAAAUAUCGGCGUAAUUUUAAGGGUCAAUUUACUCCAAGGAAAACUCGCAAAACUUGUAUUAGAGGAGGUGUAAUAACAUGUGGCAGUCCUUGCCCCAUAUGUAGGGAUGACUAUUUGGUUCUUCAUUAUACAAAUGUGGAACUUCUCAAACAGUUUAUUAACCCUUAUACUGGUGAAAUAUACGAUACAAGGAAGAUUCAUAUUUGCCAAAAAAGAUUAUUUCAAUUACAAAUUGCUAUUGAAAAAGCCAAAUUUUAUGGACUUCUAAACUAUGAUGUGCCUUUUAGGGAGUAUGAUUAUAAAGAGUAUACCCUGAAUGGGAAUGCGAGUGCUGGAAAUAAGAAUCUAUAUCAAUUUCUGAAUCAGUAUGAUGUCAACUAA